AUUCGGUCAUAGCCUCGAAACGUUCUUCGUUCCACUGACUUCUCCACCGCGCUCCCAAUGACUAACAUGAUGACGCUAUUGUUACUGUUCAGUUCUCUUUUCCUUUUUCUGUCAUACAAAUUCGCCACCGCUUAUGGGGACUUCACUUUGAUGUCCAAGAAGCAAGCAAAACGCGAAGAAAUCGAAGAUAAGGUUGUUUGGAUUACUGGUGCUAGCCGUGGAAUUGGGGAGAUUCUAGCUAAACAACUUGCAAGACUGGGGGCCAAGCUAAUAAUCUCUGCAAGGAAUGAAGCUGAACUGGAGCGAGUAAAGCAACAGCUGAAAGGUAAGCAUGCGCCUGACGAGGUCAAGAUUUUACCACUGGAUUUAACAACCGGUGAGGAUUCUCUUAAGAAGGCUGUUGAGAAAGCAGAAUCACUGUUUCCCCUUUCUGGUGUUGACUAUAUGAUUCAUAAUGCAGCUUUUGAGCGUCCUAAAAUAUCAGCUUUAGAUGUAACUGAGGAAAGUCUCAAGGCAACGUUUGAUGUCAAUGUUUUUGGAACAAUUACUCUCACACGGCUCUUGGCACCAUUCAUGUUGAGGCGGGGGCAAGGUCAUUUUGUGGUGGUAAGCAGUGCUGCAGGGAAGACGCCUGCCCCAGGUCAGGCUGUUUAUUCUGCUUCCAAAUAUGCUCUGAAUGGGUACUUUCAUUCCUUGCGUUCUGAGCUCUGUCAAAAGGGAAUCAAAGUAACUGUUAUCUGUCCUGGACCAAUAGAAACGUCCAACGAGUCUGUAGCAAAACCUCAGGCGAAGGGAUCAUCUGAGAAGCGUGUGCCAUCAGAAAAGUGUGCGAAACUCAUUAUCAUUGCUGCAACCCAUGGCUUAAAGGAAGCUUGGAUAUCAUAUCAGCCUGUGCUUGCCGUAAUGUAUCUUGUUCAGUACAUGCCAACGAUUGGCUAUUGGCUCAUGGACAAGGUUGGCAAGAAUCGAGUAGAAGCUGCUGCACAGAAGGGAAACACAUAUUCAUUGAGCCUGCUCCUUGGAAAGAAGGCCGCAUAAUGCUUAUCGGGGUAUAUUCGGUGCAUGCCCUUGAUACAUUUGGUUACUAUCAAAUGGCCCCUCGAAUUUCAAGUUGCGUACAGAUGUUACUUUUACAAUUCCUACAGCGGUGUUGAUGUUGGCCGCGUUGUUUAAAGCCCAGUCACGUCAAGAAAUCCUACUUUAAAGUAGUUUAUCACUUUAUCCACGCAUAAUAGCCUGCUGCUUCUUGUUUUGUUUUUUUUUGGGUGACCCCACGCAGUCAAACCUUUCAUAAAUUGCGCUCCUAAAUGAGGUCUUUGCUUUACAGCGAUUCCAUGGUUUUUUGAACUUCCUUAUCCCCAUUUGGUUGGACGGAAGAGUUUUUGAUGGAAGUAAAGUGAGUUUUAAAG